AUGGCAUCCACCUCCACCACCACCCACAACCUCACCACGUACCUCCGGUCCCUGGUGCAGGCCAAACAGUCAACACUCUGCGUCAGCGCAGACGUGACUUCCGCCACCGAAAUGCUCAAGCUAGCCGACACCGUCGGCCCCAGCACCGUCGUCUUCAAAACCCACGCAGACAUGCAUGCAGGCUGGAACUCCGACCCGGAGCGCGGUACGGGCGCACAGCUCGCAUCACUUGCACGCCGCCACCGUUUCUUGAUCUUCGAGGAUCGAAAGUUCGCCGACAUUGGCUUCACCGUGCAGCAACAGUACACGGCCGGUGACUAUCGCAUAUGUGACUGGGCGCACAUCGUCAACGCCCAUGUGCUGCCCGGUCCCGACAUGAUACGUGCGCUGGCCCUGGAAGCGGCUGACUGGAAGGACGACCACAACCGCGAGCCGCAGCGGCGGUCCGGGCCCGGCGAUGCCAAAACACCACUUCACGAUAUCCCAGAGCCGCCCCAAGACCGCGCUUUGCUGCUCCUGGCGCAAAUGACCUCGGUCGGCAACCUGCUGGACGCGGAUUACACCGCAGCGUGCGUGGCCAUGGCGCGGCAGCAGCUCGACUUCGUCAUGGGCUUCAUCGCGCUCAAUCCACUAAACUCAGAACCCGAUGACGACUUCGUCGUGAUGACGCCUGGCUGCGCGCUGUCGCCGGAAGAGUCGCUGGACGGGUCCGAGUUCGCGGGCGGCGAUCCGCUGGGCCAGCAGUACGUCACGCCGCAGGAGCUGAUGCGGCGAGGGUGCGAUAUUAUUAUUGUUGGGCUGGGCAUCUGCAACGCGGCGGACCCGGCGGCCAAGGCGGAGCAGUAUCGGCAGGUGGCGUGGAAGGCGUAUCAGGAGCGGCUGGGCAAGUCAGAGGAGCGAUCGUCGUAG